GCGACAAACUACAUUACCCAUGAUCCUUUGUGUUACUUGUGAUUGGCCGGUAAACGGAUGCCGUCAUUUGACGUAAUCUGAAGGCGCGCGCCAAACUCCCGUGAGUGUCCUCGGCCGUUUAUUCGCGUUUUUAGCUUUUGAAAACUUGGCUUUUCACCUCGUUUUAGGUUUAAUACACACUUAAUUAUUAUCCAUAUGUAUGUCCAAAGAAUCCUGUCGUGUUUACAGCGAGUAGCUUCCGACGAUAUUCGUUGUUUUUGCGUGUUAUACCGAAAACCGUUGACAGCGUAACAACUUCCGCGGUGCUGAGGCUGGCUGAACGGGGAUCGGGAUGUCGUCGCUGGUCCAGCAUCCAGGACACGAGGAGGAGAGGCUGCAGCGGGUCUCAGAUCAGCUGCCCUGCAGGGAGGUGCAGGCCGGCACGCUGCUGUCGCUCAUGGGCCAGCCACACCAGUACAGCUACCCCUCAAUCUUCAUCUACGGUCAUCGGUCUUCCGGGAAGAGUCAUGUGAUGCAUGUUUUGCUGAAGGAACUCGAGCUGCCUCACGCCCCGGUCAGCUGUGUCGAAUGUGUUUCUGUCGCGUUGCUGUUUGAACAAGUCCUGCUGUCCUUCUUCGGCGCCGACGCCGCCUCGCUGCUCCCCCGCAGCCCCUCCCUCUCUGACUUCGUUCGCGUCUACAGAAACCAGUGCUCCCAGCGUCCUGCCGAGCAGACGCGAUACAUUGUGAUGGAAAAAGCCGAGCUCCUGAGAGACGCCGACGCCAACCUCCUACCCGCUCUCCUGCGUCUUCAGGAACUGGUUGAAGACAACGUCACCGUCAUCCUGCUCAGUGAAAUCGUCUGGGACAAGUUCAGACCAAACACCGGCUGCUUCGAGCCCCUUCUGCUCCAUUUCCCAGACUACAGUAAAGGUGAGCUGCAGCAGAUUUUGUCCCACGACCGACAUCCUUCAUAUUCGGCUGAGUUCUACUCGUCCUACAUCAACAUCCUGCUGGGAGUCUUUUACUCUGUCUGUCGGGACCUCAGAGAGCUGCGCCACCUGGCCGCCCUCAACUUUUCAAAGUUCUGCGAGCCGGUAGUGGAAGGCAAAGUGAAAGAGACCGACACACACAAGCUGUGGAGAAACGUGGAGCCUCACCUGAAGAAAGCCAUGCAGACCGUUUACCUGCGAGAAGUCUCCAGUCUUCAGUGGGAGCAGAUGCAGCAAAUGGAGGAGAAGGAGAGUGGAGCCGUGAGAGGUUUAUCUGCUCACACUCAUGUCGAACUGCCUUAUUACUCCAAGUUCCUGUUGAUUGCCGCCUACCUGGCGUCCUACAACCCGGCUCGCACCGAUAAGCGCUUCUUUGUAAAGCACCACGGUAAAAUAAGAAAAACAAACUUCCUGAAGAAAAAUGAGAAGACGAGUAACCAUCUCCUGGGCCCGAAGCCGUUCCCUCUGGACCGCCUGCUCGCCAUUUUCUACAGCGUGGUGGACAGCAGGGUCGCCCCCACCGCCAGCAUCUUCUCCCAGAUCUCCUCUCUGGUGACCUUACAGCUGUUGACUCAGAUCAGCCAUGACGACCAGCUCGACGCCCCCAAGUACAAAUGUGCCGUUUCCAUGGACUUCAUCUGUGCCAUCUCCAGGACGGUGAAUUUUGAGAUCGUCAAUUAUCUUUAUGACUUCCUGUAAAACUGCUGAGAAUAAAGGAGAGAAGGCACACGGUGAGCAGCAACACAAAGGAGGAUUUAUACACAAAUUCAGACCGCUGUUGGAUUAUUUCUGUAAUCCAAUUAUGUCGCUGCCCCCUUGUGGUUGCUGAAAGAGUUUCUUUUGUCUCCUCUUAUGACAGAUAUUAGAUAUUUGCUUUUGUAUCAAAUAAAUGCCAUAUUGGCAAUUUCACAUUA